ACUUUCUUAGAGCUUUUCUAUAUUGAAAUAGUUUGCAGUAUAUAUAUGAUAAAUACAUGAAAUGAAGUUUGUGUCAAUGUCACCACACUCAGACUGAUAGUGUGUAAUAAACCAUAAAAGUUUUCAAAUCCCCAAUUUUAGGGUUUUAGGGUUUUAGGGUUAGGGUUUGUUAUUGCAACAAAAUGGGUUUCGGUAUGCAAUCGAUGCUGAAGGAAGGUCACAAACAUCUUUCUGGUCUCGAUGAAGCUGUUCUCAAGAACAUCGAUGCUUGCAAACAACUUUCUACAAUCACUCGAACUUCUCUUGGCCCAAAUGGUAUGAAUAAGAUGGUUAUAAAUCAUUUGGACAAACUUUUUGUCACAAAUGAUGCUGCGACAAUUGUGAAUGAACUUGAAGUUCAGCAUCCGGCUGCCAAAAUUUUGGUUUUGGCCAGUAAGGCUCAACAAGAGGAAAUUGGCGAUGGAGCAAAUUUGACUAUUUCAUUUGCUGGGGAGCUCUUGCAAGCUGCAGAGGAACUUAUUAGGAUGGGUUUGCACCCAAGUGAGAUCAUUAGUGGAUAUACUAAAGCAGUCAAUAAGACAGUUGAAAUAUUAGAUGAACUGGUGGAGGAAGGCUCAGAGAAUAUGGAUGUGCGUGAUAAGGAACAGGUUAUUUCUCGAAUGAGAGCAGCAGUUGCUAGCAAGCAAUUUGGCCAAGAGGAUACCCUAUGCUCACUUAUUGCUGAUGCAUGCAUCCAAGUGUGCCCGAAAAACCCUGUAAACUUCAACGUGGACAAUGUUCGUGUUGCCAAGCUUGUGGGAGGGGGUUUGCAUAACAGUGCAGUUGUUCCCGGAAUGGUUUUGAGAACUGAUGCUGUUGGGACUAUGAAGUAUAUUGAAAAGGCAAAGGUUGCUGUGUUUGUUGGUGGUGUUGAUACGUCUGCAACUGAAACUAAAGGAACUGUCCUCAUACAUUCAGCCGAGCAGCUAGAAAACUAUUCAAAAACUGAAGAGGCUAAAGUAGAGGAGCUCAUCAAGGCAGUAGCGGAUUCUGGUGCAAAAGUGAUUGUCAGUGGUGCUGCCGUAGGAGAGAUGGCUUUGCAUUUUUGUGAACGUUACAAGCUUAUGGUUCUGAAAAUCAGUUCAAAGUUUGAACUACGUCGAUUUUGCCGAACAACUGGUUCUGUUGCAAUGCUGAAACUUUGCCAACCAAAACCUGACGAUCUUGGAUAUGUUGAUUCUGUUUCAGUCGAGGAAAUUGGUGGUGCCAGGGUGACCAUUGUGAAAAAUGAAGUUGAUGGAAAUUCUGUGGCCACUGUUGUUUUACGAGGAAGUACCGACAGUAUCCUAGAUGAUCUUGAAAGAGCAGUUGAUGAUGGAGUGAACACUUACAAGGCCAUGUGCAGGGAUAGCCGCAUUGUACCAGGAGCUGCUGCAACUGAAAUUGAGUUAGCUAAAAGGGUGAAAGACUUUUCCUUCCAGGAAACAGGAUUGGAUCAGUAUGCUAUAGCGAAAUUUGCUGAAAGCUUUGAGAUGAUUCCAAGAACUUUGGCUGAAAAUGCUGGGCUAAAUGCAAUGGAGAUUAUAUCUUCUCUUUAUGCUGAACAUGCGUCUGGAAAUACUAAAGUUGGCAUUGAUUUGGAACCAGGUGUUUGUAAGGAUGUCUCAACCAUGAGGGUCUGGGAUCUCCAUGUGACUAAGCUAUUUGCUCUUAAAUAUGCUGCAGAUGCUGCAUGCACUGUACUACGAGUCGAUCAGAUUAUUAUGUCAAAACCUGCUGGUGGACCAAGAAGAGACCAGCCUGCUCCUGGCAUGGAUGAAGACUAAUUGAUUUUUGUCUUGCUUAUGUCCACAAACAAGCCUAUGAAAAUUUUGAAUUUAAAUAGAUUUUGGUCUGUAAAUUUACUUGCAUUCCUCUUUUUGCCUAUGAAAAUUUUGAAUUUAAAUAGAUUUCCUUUUGUUGUUUGGGAAUUUUGUAGAAUGUAGUUGACUACUAUGAUUUUUAAUAUAAACAAAAAAUGGUUCAUGUUUGAUGAUCUAAAAA